GGAACACAAAUAUUGCAGUCGACGUAGGUGGCAACAGCAUCUCUGCAUCUGGAUAUUUCGAGCAGGUGUGGUUCACCGGGUGUUGUAGAUGAAACUCUCCCAAGGAAUUUCUGGCCGUAAGUGAAGUCACACGGUUCAGUUGUGAUUAUACGAGCGCAUUUUCACGUGGCCCUGGAUCAAGCUUUGCCAAAACAUAACUUACAGUAAGAAAUAUGUGUGAUGAAACCAUCUAACAAAAAAGGGGAAGCCCAACCAAUUGCCAUGAGCAGUGAGCUGAACGUGCCAAUGGGCUCGCCGGCCCCGGGGUGCACAGAGAGGGUGCAGGAUGGUGGGGGAAUGGAUUACAGGGACUGGGUGCGCCGGAGCUACCUGGAGCUGGUCACCUCCAACCACCACUCGGUGCAGGCCCUGUCCUGGAGGAAGCUCUACCUGAGCCGCGCCAAGCUCAAAGCUUCCAGCCGCACUUCUGCGCUGCUCUCCGGCUUCGCCAUGGUGGCCAUGGUGGAAGUGCAGCUGGAGAUGCAGUACAACUACCCCCGUGUCCUGCUGAUUGCCUUCAGCGUCUGCACCACGGUCCUGGUGGCGGUACACCUCUUCGCCCUGCUCAUCAGCACCUGCAUCCUGCCCAAUGUGGAGGCGGUCAGCAACAUACACAACCUCAACUCUGUAAGCGAGUCGCCCCACGAGCGAAUGCACCAUUACAUCGAGCUGGCCUGGGGCUUCUCCACCGCCCUGGGCAUCUUGCUCUUCCUGGCCGAGGUGGUGUUGCUCUGCUGGAUCAAAUUCCUGCCUGUCGACUCAGGGAAGUCCCCCAUCGCUCUGAUCCGAUCCAACUGCAGCACGCCGACUCCGCCGCCGCCGGGGCAUAGCGGGUGGCAGGCGGCCCUGGCCUCCACCAUCAUCAUGGUGCCCGUGGGGUUAAUCUUUGUGGUCUUCACCAUCCACUUCUACCGCUCGCUGGUCCGCCACAAGACGGAGCGCCACCAUCAGGAGAUUGAGGAACUGCACAAGUUGAAGGUGCAGUUGGACGGCCAUGACCGCGGCAUACAGGCUGUGUGAACCCCCCACCCCCCACUCCCGUUCUGCACUCCCUCCAGUUACACAGAAUCUCAGCCUGUGCAGACCUGUCUCCCAAAGCUCUGCGUUAACCGGGACACCUUCCAAAUCCAUUUCCGCUCUAAUAAAUGUUGCUUAGUGACUCCCUCUUUUCAUGUUGGAGGUCUGAGUUAAUCUCAGCCCUUGGCUCGCAAGUUCAGCUCCCAAGUGUUGCGUGUGCUUCAGCUAGAAUAUGGUCCCUCUUUGUGAGAUGUGCAAGUCCUAAUGUCUGGUGUAUGUGCUGUCUUUGGAAACAGAAACAUUUUUUAAAGCAAAAGAACGUUUACAGGCAAAUUUCAAGGGCUAUUUUGAUAUCAGUUAAAUUUGCUUUUGAAUAUUUUGUUUUAAACUUUUUCCACUUCUGUAAUGGCAUCCUCUGCCCUCCACUCCUUUGUUAAAACAUAUGUAAACUAAGAAGGUGGGUCUCCAGGUUUUGAAAUCUGAAAUCCAAAUCAGAAAGGGCGCCUUUCACUUUUGGGUAUUUCUAUGGUGUGAUGGUUAGGACACAACACAACGCUGCUUCUUCGAGUGAGAUUUCACUAAAAUCCAGAUAUAUAACCAGGCAACAUGUUAAAAAAAAAAAAA